CGCCGGCUUUAUCACCUAAUACCACCCCAACGACGACAUCGCUUAUUAGAGAAAAAAAGAAACUCCGAAACGCCACCGUUCUUCAUUUCUCGAAAAUGUCAAACAAACCCCCGCUCUGCUGUAUUCAACACUUCUGAACCUCAGCCAGCUUUUUCUACAAUCAUCCCAUCUGACCCGAAAAGCUGCCAAACAAACACUUCCUUUCUCGAAUUCGGAUUGCUGGUUCCAGAAUUGGGAAUUGGGAUUAGAUAAUUCGGGAUGGGGAAAGGAGGUGGAUGUGUUCCAAGCAAAAAUAAACGACCAGCCGUCGCCGAAGAUCCACAGAAUACAUCUCGCGACGCUCCUCCGAUCCAAAUCGAAGACGAUAUUGAUGAUGGUAAUGUAGUAAUGACGACAAACGCAACGGAUUCCACCACAUCAUCGCAAUUAAAAGUAUUCAUCGUGUUUUACUCCAUGUACGGUCACGUAGAGUGUUUGGCUAAGAGAAUGAAGAAAGGAAUAGAUGGAGUUGAAGGAGUGAGAGGUGAACUAUAUCGAGUUGCUGAAACGCUGUCGUCUGACGUCUUGGAGAAUAUGAAAGCGCCAGUUAAAGAUCCGGAAAUUCCGGAGAUUACAGCUUCGGAAUUAGCGGAGGCCGAUGGUCUUCUGUUUGGGUUUCCUACUAGGUUUGGUUGUAUGGCUGCUCAGAUGAAGUCCUUUUUUGACUCCACUGGUCAAUUGUGGGAAGAACAGAAACUCGCCGGGAAACCUGCCGGUUUCUUUGUUAGUACCGGUACUCAAGGCGGCGGCCAAGAAACCACCGCAUGGACAGCAAUUACUCAAUUAGCCCACCAUGGAAUGCUAUUUGUUCCCAUAGGGUACACCUUUGGCGCUGGCAUGUUCAAGAUGGAUUCUAUACGAGGAGGCUCUCCCUACGGUGCUGGCGUUUAUGCUGGUGAUGGCUCAAGAGAGCCAACUGAACUAGAGCUGGCACUUGCAGAACAUCAGGGCAAAUAUAUGGCUACAGUAGUGAAGAGGCUUGCCCAGGCUUGAUCAUGUUACUAAUUUUUCCAACACAUUUGUCUAUCUCUCUCUCUCUCUCUCUCUCUCUCUCUCUUUUCUCCUCAUUUAUUUGAUUGGGUUUGUUUGUAAUUGGCCUUCUGUCAGAUGUAAGGAUUUUUUUUUCUUUUUUUUUUUAGGGAAAAGUACAACCAAGUCUUGAGAUUUAUUCCGAAAAUUCUUUGGUCUCUGCAUUUUCAGAAAUGCUAUUUCUGUUGUUCAUAAGAUUAUUGAUGAGGGUGACAGGACUUUCUCCUCGCUUUGUAUAUGCAAAAGUUCAUAAGAUUAGUCUCUUAGGUUUGAUACUUGGGCAAAUGCUUUGGUUCUCAUCACUUUGAUUGCAAAAAAGUGCCAUGUGUCUGUCAAAUGUCAAGAGCUAGAAAUAGCGUUUCUGAAAUUGCAGAGCCUAAAGUAUAUAUCGCUAUAAGUUUCAGGAACUUCGAUUUAAUUUUCUCUUUCUCGUCAUUUUCCCUUUCGUUUCUUAUACUAGCUUCAGCUUUCUUUCUUUCUUUCUUUUUUCUUUUCCUUUUACAUUAUUGUUGCUUCUUACUUUUGAUUUUUUUUUUGUACAUGAUUUGACAUAGUACGAGCUUGAUUGAAUAAAGGGAUAAUUAUCAUUUUCCAUCA